AUUUAUUGAUGCUAUUAUAGCAGAUGUUCAUACAUUUUUUUCUGCAGUCUCAUAAAUCUACCUCAUCUCUGGCCUAGCAUUAGUAGACUUAAGGAUUUCUUCCAGGAUUUCUGAUCCAAAUCUCUUGAAAAGUCGCUGAUCUUUGCGCCGUCUGGCACCGCGGACGCUACUAUUUGGAUGCCGUAGACUGUCAAGUCAAGUCAAGUCGACUUGUGGAUUAGAGACUGUCUCCAUCAUCUUAUGCAGCCCACAACCCCCCUGGUUUGUUGCUUGACCUGGCUACUUGGUCCUACGACCCUACCUCAUCGCACUAACCCUGUCACCUCAGCCAUUGUGAAAAGACGUCGGCCUGCCGAUCACUUAGACCAGAGUCGUCACACCUUUUUUUUUUCUUUCAGAGACGGGGGAACUCCACUCUUCUCCCGCAGCCCAGCCCGUUUCCAGAGGAAGAUUGACGCAUGUCAAUUCGCACCCAGACACUUAAGACUUCGCUGAUCCCACCUUGGCCCCGACUCAACUCCCCAUAUCAUCUCCAACCUGGACGGGAUCUUCUGUCUCUGAUCUGUAUCACCGACUUGGCUUUUAUUCUAGUUAGGAUCCCGCAUCUGAUCAACAAACCUUUUCCCCCCCUCCACCGCGCUUCUGCCCACCGAUCUAUGUUGAUAUUGCCCAUCAACCUCUACACUUCACAUUACCACUAUCACGUACCAACAUGACCAUGACGCUCGACACCACUCAGCAGCGGUUUGGGCCUUCGUUGAAUUUCGACUAUUCAGCGCCUGCACAACCGCCUGCAUUCUCGAAUCCAUGGUCCUCGUCCUCACCAUCACAGCAUCCACCUACGGGAAGCAGUCUUUUUGUUGGUAGCCAACCUGCACUCAACCCAAGCAUCAUGGCCGGAAAGCCACCCCAAAGUCGUGCGAGCACUAGUAGCACUUCUUCAAUGGCUUCAUACGGAGGCGCGAUGCCUGUCCCCAACACAUCUGCAGAUCUUCUUAGCAUUAAUAGAAUGCAAACAACAUCUGCGGCUUAUGGAGAUCCCACUUACGCUACAUCUGCCUCUCCUGUCAACCACCAAUUUGCGCCUACAUCAGCUGCCCCGUAUGACACGCUGGGCUACGCACCAGCUCCCGUGCGCCCUCCACCCUUUGGACUCGCUCCGGCUGAUGAGCACGCCAGAAGGUACUCCCAACAUAGCAUCCAGGAUGAACGGAGGAGCUUUGCCGAUGCUCUCGAUGCUAGCCAUGGUAUGUUGGCUAUGAGUCAGGAGACACCUCGACCUAUCUAUGGCGCGCGAAGUGAUCGAUCCUCUGUUGAUUCCUAUGGAUUCCCUUCUACCCAUUCGACUAGCUCUUCUAUUUCUUCCAGUGGUAACUUUAGCUCUUACUAUGGCGACUCCGUUUCUGAUUACUCAACUGCGGGUUCUGAUAUUGAGUCUGUGUCUUCGAGGACCCUACCCCGACCUCAGGGCCUCAUGGGCUCACAAAUUCCGCCUGCCCCUCAGUCCAUGAUGGGCCAGUUUAGCUCCAAGGUUUCAUCCAGUACACAGAAGAAGCAUAAAUGCAAGGUCUGCGAUAAGCGAUUUACUCGACCUAGUUCUUUGCAAACCCAUAUGUACAGCCACACGGGCGAGAAGCCUUUUGCUUGUGAGGUAGAAGGAUGUGGUCGACAUUUCUCAGUUGUUUCCAAUCUUCGACGCCACCGAAAGGUCCAUCGUGGUGAUGCCCGCUCCGAGGCUGGCUCUGAAGAUCAUCACUCGGACUAAGGACGUUUUCUGACGGGCUGUGGUCCUCCGAUCAAACACUUUAAUGACGAGCACAGGAUAUUAGUAAGAGAAACUGGAACCUAAAGAGAGGCGAUCCAACAACAAUCAAAAUGACCGUCUGGUUGGCAACAAAUGGCAUUGUUUUAUCACCUGCAAAUAUUAUUACAACACGGCUCAGUGCGGCAUAGAGAAAUGGGACAGAAAAGGAUGAGAACUCAUGGAUGUGGGGAUGAGGACAGCGACGGUGUAUACGAUUCAAGUCUAUCGCUUACGGUGUAUGGGGUUUUUUGCCCUUGAAUUCUGGGGUUUACUAUUGGUAUUAUGGGAUGGGAAUAGGCGGAAUGCUGGGCCGACCUACUGAUACCCUUCCACGCGGCGUUUAUGGAGUUGACCAAGCUACGGUCCUGUCGUUAAUGUUUAGGCACACGAUGCCUUGAGCUAUAUUUCGAAGCGAUCGUUCAUGCCCGUUAUUUUAGGGCACCUGUUAUUCUCUCGACACUAAGGCACUGCGAGCCCAGGGCCCUACUGAGAUGGCCACAGACGAGCUUUUAGGGGGAGGCUUGUACUACUAGUUUCAUAUUUUACGGUCAUGAUAUACCCAGUCCGAACCAUGCACAGCCUGAUCUGUCGCCGAUGGGCCAGGGGCUUGACAGGACAAAAGACAGACCAGGGUGUUGGCAAGAUAUGGGCACGACGAUGAAGUUGAUGAGAAGAGGUGCAGAUUAUAGAGUGCAGGCAGUCUUACAAGAAUUAUACUUCAGAUUAAAACUCGA